AUGACUGAAUCGACUAGGAAUACAACUUCUCGUACCACCUGGCGCCUUAAAAAGUAUUCGUGUGCGUACGCGGCGGGUUCGGAGCGACCGAUCACCAUCCCAGCUCCGAGAUUAGGCCCGUGCUCCAGCCCGUCGAUCCUGUCCUCGACCACGAGUGCCAGUGGAUACCAAAGCGACAGUAGUACACGCACACAAAACCAGCGUCAAGCUCUGGAAUGGGUUCACUGGUGAGUGUAGAAGGCGACAUGUCUGGCGAUCGUACCGCCAGUUGCUCUGAGUGAGCGUGCGAGGCUAACGAAGCCGCCCGCUCACUUGCAGCUCGGACCCGGGGCUGAUAUGCGAGCUCACAACGCCGUCCUCGACGCUCGGCUCUACUUUGGCUUCCUCCGACAGUCCAACGCUGCGAAUACUCUUUCAGCCACUGCAUUCAAACCAAUCCACACAAUCGACCCUCAUGUACCAGGACCUUGACCUCGCCUCCUUUGCGUCACCUCAAAUCCAAGCUAUCUGCCCGCCUGACGAGCUCGCGAUUAGAGCCGUCUACAAAGCUUCGAUGGUCGGCAUUCGGUACUUUAGCGCCGAACGGAAGCUGGCCAGCAUCAAGCGGUUUCAACUCAACUUUGAAAACCACGAAGACGUCUUGCAAUUCCUGGAUGCGACCAAGGCUUGGAUUCCGGCUAAACCGAGCAGCGACACGCAGCCAUCGUCCUCGACGGCGCGGAUGACUAUCCGGCACACUCGAACCACUCAAGCUCCGAUCGUUCCCACGCCCUGCGGCCCAGCUACCCCGGUCACUGCUGGGCAACUCGACGAGUCAAAAGUUUACCUGGCGGCGGGCUCAUCUCGAGCCGACGUGAGCCGAUCCGAAUCAGGGGGGAACUCCUGGCCGCGACCCAUUCCGACUUCAAGCCAUGCCCAAAAUUGGCGUUAUACGCAGCAGCUGGCUCGAAGUGCUCAAUUUGCUGUGUCCGGGGGAGCGGAGCAAAGUGGGACCGAUCCAACACCUACCUCGAGCUUGAACCUACAUCUCGAUUCAGAUUCGAUGACUCGCCUGGACCGAAUGCUGCCUCGGUUGCGCGGAGCCUUGCGUGCCCAAGAAGAAGAGCCGAGCGCGCGCGGCCCCGACUCCGAGUGGAAUGAUGUCCGUGCAGAGGGCGAUCAGCACCGCGACAUCGAAAGCGCAAACGAGCUGGCUGAGUUGGACGAUGCAAGCUUACUUGACGUGAUCAACAACAUCAUCCAGGAACCUGGCUUUGAGAAGCUUGUUGAGAGGGUCAAUGGGCUUUUGCAGUGUUCAGACGGUCGGACGUAA